CCCAUUUGUGUACAUUACUUCCAAUUUAAAUAAACAGUAUUUAAAACCUGUGAUUGAGUUAUUUUUCAAUAUAAUAACGCGUAAAGAAAUUACUUUAAAAAGCAUUUCUUUGCAGUCGUAUAAAUAUUUGUCGAGUGUGACACUAUGUCAGUGCUUUAGAAGAAAGUGAUUACAUAGAUGAGCGUCAAUAAUGGGAUUUAAAUAACAAAAAAUGAAACACUUGUAAAUGCGAAUACUGAUUUGUUUCAUGAAGAACAUUUAUCACUUGGAGAGUAAUCUUUAAAAGUUACAGUAGUAUACAUAGGAUGUGUUAAUAUUUCUUAAGAACGCCAGGUGAUAUGUUGACUAAUAUACAGACUUGUAUACAUUGCAAAUACAGAUUCGUUUCAAGAAAAAAUAUUUAACAGUUGGAGGGUAAUCUUUAAAAGAUAGAGUAGUAUACAAGAGGUGAUAUGUUGACUAAUAUACAUAGCGAAUGCUGAUUCGUUUUUCAAGAAGAACAUUUAUUAUUUGGAGACUAAUCUUUAAAAGAUACAGUAGUAAACAUUAGUUGUGAUAAUAAUUCUUAAGAACGGCGAGGAUUGAUAUUUUGACGAAUAUACAUAGCGAAUACUGAUUCGUUUUCAACAAGAACAUUUAUCACUUGGAGAGUAAUCUUUAAAAGAAUCAGUAGUAUACAUGCAUAUUUGUUGUGAUAAUAAUUCUUAAGGUCAUCAAGGGGGAAUAUUUUGACUCAUGUACUGAGCACCUGAAUAUACAUAACCAACGAGGACAUUAUAUAUCAAUAUCAACAUGGAGAGACCAAGAAUUUACGUUAAAAGACCGGCCUCGCCGUACGUCUCAUCGGCGAUCUCAAGAUGGCGUCCAGAAUCGAAAAUGGCGACCUCUUGAAUGAGUACCUCGGAAACAAGUCACAACGGUAUCCUCUCCAAGGGGACUUGAUCUCAGAAGCCAGUUCGCUGGACGAUUUUAUAAUGGACAAAGAGCCGAUUCAGCAGAGACUGUACAUAAUUAACAGGUCGGGGUCGGGCGAGGCUCAGUUUGUUUUGUUGAAUCAAAAACGGACAUCUAUAGAGUCUUAUGGGGUGCGGUAUGAGACUUGGAAAGUGACCAAGGGGAUUUCAAACUUUGGUGUGGCCGUGGUGGAAAAUGUAUUGUAUGUUAUUGGAGGAUAUGACGUCAAAACCUGCAAGCACCUGCACAGGGUAGUGAAGUACGAUCCGUACGACUUCACGUGGACCGAGUGCUCCCCGCUCCUCAAGGCACGGGCAAAGUUCGGGCUUGCAGUCCUGAAUGGGAAAAUACACAUAUGUGGUGGUGAGCGGAGUGAUGGCCAGGCAGCCUGUUCGUGUGAGGUGUACGACCCGGGGACGGACACCUGGACGGACGGAGGCGUACUUCCGGCGCCCCGGAAGAAUCACAGCUGUGUCCUUACCGGAAGUAGCAUUUACUGCGCAGGCGGGGACUACGGGUUGCGGAGCCACGAUAAUUUCUGGAUCUAUGAGGACGGAAAGUGGGCGGAGCUAGACCAGGACUACCCCCACUCUCUACCUCGCUGUGUGGACCGGUACGCAAUGUGCACAGUGGGUCACAAAAUAUACUUCAUAGGAGGCGUGUCAUGUCGGGUGAACGCCGCCGCCGACGAUGGUCGGUUCAUCACGGAGCGGGGUAUCUUCUCCUAUACGCUGGCGGUAUCCACCGUCCGCCGCCACAAAGCCCAAGGAAACAGCCUCCAGUCGGAAGUGCUCUCCCCCUGGACCGUUCGCUAUCCCAGCAUGGUCCGUCCCCGACACGGCUGUGCGGCGCAAGCCAUAGGUAGGAAGAUUUACGUGUUCGGGGGUUGUCACCUGGAGACGGGUCAGGACGUGCGGGUCUGUGAGUGCUUUAACACGGACAGGGGAACCUGGGAAGAUGAGUUCCACUUCCGUAAAGGUGAUCUGACCAAUGUUGUGACAGCAAUCUUGGAGGUUCCGCGGAGACACGAUGAGCAGAAAAUAAACUAUAAACUCAAAUGGGUGCUAUGGUGAUAAACCGAACUCUUAGGGCAACACAGGUGUAGAACAAUAGUUAGGACUAAUUUGGGGGGGGGGGGUGCAGGUGAUAUAACAACCAAGGGGGCAAAGGAUAACACAACAACUAAGAACAAAACGUGAUAAAAAAGGAACUAAGGAAAAUGAUCAAAUGCAAAAAUAAUUCGGACAAACGGAUAUAAUAAUUAUAAAAUAAUAACAAAAAAACGGAUCAGGAAAGCAACAUCGGGGAUUUGUUUGGUGAUUGAUAAAAACAUCAUAAACCACAAAUUAAGGAAAUGCAACAUCGGAGGAUAUUUCAGUGAUUGGAGAAAAACAGCAAGAAUAAGAUACGGAAAUACAUAGCAAAAGCAAUAUAUGUAGGACAAAAACAAAGACAUGUAAAUCUAUUGUGAUAGAAACAGUGUAACACUGCCACAGUUGUGAUAAAAAAUAUCAUUAUGCAAUGAUCGCAAAAUAUGAAAAAAGUGUGAAAGAAACAGAAAAAGCAUUUAAAAGGGCAAAUGAUUGAUGUAUAUUUUCCAAUUGGGGAAGUACAAUGAUAGAAUGGUUUAUUUAUUAAUAACUUCAUACGCAUUACUGUACAAAUGUAGUUGCUUUUUAGACGACAUUGAUGAUACAUGGACAUUUGUCAUUAAAGCAAUUUACAAAGCGAAAUCAUACCACGCAUAUUUUAUAUUAGAAAAUGGAUUUGAUAGAAACAGAAUCCAACGAUGAGACGAAUGACAAAUUGAAAACAAUGUGAAUACAUGCACAUUUGAAGGGUGUAUAAUGAUUACGACACGUACUUAACAUGACUGUUUACAAUUGAUCAAUAUUUCAGAAACAUGCGGCACUAUAUUGAUUGUUAAGCACAAGUCGGGGAAAAUAACCAAAACAUGUCUCUAAAUACGAUUUAAAUUAUGAUUUAUGUUUUGUUACAAUAUGUGUUUGUUAAGGGUACCUAUGUCAACUCUUUUAUCAGGGGAUCUAGCAGCUUGGAAUUGUCAACCCUGAAAAGUAUGCAGAUCCUGCCUAAGUAUAAGGGUGUCAUGCCCAUAGCAGUAAAAUGGGGUCUGACCCCUUUUGAUUGUUUCCAAUAUAUUUAUAUAAACUUCAAGUGCUAAUUACUGUUUUGAUGUCAACAUCCAAGCAAAAAAUAUUAAUGACUGUACAUAAGACUGUACAUAAGACUGAAGUUUAAAGCUCUCUGUCCUGUUUUUAGGAUUUAUCCUGAAGGUUAGAACCCCUGAUUAACGUGUACAUUACAAUGAUGUGAGAAAUGCUCAAAAAAGUAAAAGUAUUAUAUCUGCAA